CGGCGGCGGGGGCCCGGGUCUGCGCGCUCGGGCGGCCGGCGGGCGCGGGCCGGCGCGAUGGAGCCGCAGCACGUGCGCCCCGCGCCCGGCGCCCGCAGCCCGGCCUGGGAGGAACCGGGCGGUGCUGUGUCCCACAGGAGUUCGGAGAGGAUGGCGGGGGCCGGCGGCCAGCACCACCCUCCGGGCGCCCGGGAGGAGCAGCCGCCGCGGCCGGCGCCGCGGUCACCCCCCUCCACUGCCUCGGCCGGGCCCGGAGAGGAUUCGUCCGACCAGCGAAGCGGAGCAAGAGGGACCCCAGAAACUGAUCCGCAAAGUGUCCACCUCGGGGGCAGAUCCGGACCCAAGACCAGUAUUAAAGAGGGACAACUGUUGAAGCAAACAAGUUCUUUCCAAAGAUGGAAAAAGCGAUACUUCAAACUUCGAGGUCGUACACUUUAUUAUGCAAAGGACUCAAAGUCUCUGAUAUUUGAUGAAGUUGACCUCUCAGAUGCCAGUGUAGCUGAAGCAAGCACAAAAAAUGCUAACAACAGCUUCACGAUAAUCACUCCAUUCAGAAGACUAAUGCUUUGCGCUGAGAAUAGGAAAGAGAUGGAGGAUUGGAUCAGCUCGCUGAAGUCUGUACAGACCAGAGAACCUUACGAGGUGGCCCAGUUUAAUGUGGAACAUUUCUCAGGGAUGCAUAACUGGUACGCCUGCUCCCAUGCCCGACCCACUUUCUGUAACGUCUGCCGAGAGAGUCUUUCUGGAGUCACCUCCCAUGGCCUGUCCUGCGAAGUGUGUAAGUUCAAGGCUCAUAAAAGGUGUGCAGUGAGAGCAACAAAUAACUGCAAGUGGACGACCCUGGCGUCCAUCGGGAAGGACAUCAUAGAGAACGAGGAUGGGCUGGCUAUGCCCCACCAGUGGCUCGAGGGUAACUUGCCCGUGAGUGCCAAGUGUGCUGUCUGUGAAAAAACGUGUGGCAGCGUUCUCCGUCUUCAAGACUGGAGAUGCCUUUGGUGUAAAACGAUGGUACACACUGCCUGCAAAGAUUUAUAUCAUCCUAUAUGUCCACUUGGCCAAUGUAGAGUAUCUGUCAUACCUCCAAUUGCACUGAACAGCACCGAUUCUGAUGGUUUCUGUAGAGCAACAUUUUCAUUCUGUGUUAGUCCUCUAUUGGUUUUUGUCAAUUCUAAGAGUGGAGAUAAUCAGGGAGUAAAGUUUCUUCGCCGAUUUAAACAGUUACUAAAUCCAGCUCAGGUGUUUGAUUUGAUGAAUGGCGGUCCUCAUUUAGGUUUAAGAUUAUUCCAGAAGUUUGACAAUUUCCGGAUUCUUGUUUGUGGAGGAGAUGGAAGCGUAGGUUGGGUUUUGUCAGAAAUUGAUAAGCUCAACUUGAAUAAACAGUGUCAGCUGGGAGUACUGCCUCUGGGUACAGGAAAUGACCUUGCCCGGGUUCUUGGCUGGGGAGGCUCAUACGAUGACGACACCCAACUUCCUCAGAUACUUGAGAAGCUGGAACGAGCCAGCACCAAAAUGUUGGACAGGUGGAGUAUAAUGACCUAUGAACUCAAAUUGCCAGCAAAGGCUUCUCUACUUCCAGAACCUCCAGAAGCAUCUGAAGAAUUUUAUAUGACAAUUUAUGAAGACUCAGUUGCAGCUCAUCUUACAAAAAUCCUCAAUUCUGAUGAACAUGCAGUGGUCAUAUCAUCUGCCAAGGUACUUUGUGAAACUGUAAAGGAUUUCGUUGCCAAAGUAGAGAAGGCGCAUGAAAAAACGUUGGAAAGAGCUGUUGCAGCCGAUGCCGUGGCCAAUAAAUGUUCAGUUCUAAAUGAGAAGCUUGAACAACUGCUCCAGGCUUUGCACACAGAUUCCCAGGCUAGUCCGGUUCUGCCGGGCAUCAGCCCUCUCAUUGUAGAAGAAGAUCCUGCGGAAUCUUCCAGCGAAGAAUCCUUGUGGGAAAGCAAGGAACAACUCUUGGAUGACACUACAAAACCUUCCUCCCAGAAAACUGUCAAACCGAGGGAAAUAAUGCUGCGGGCAAACAGUUUAAAGAAAGCAGUGAGGCAAGUCAUUGAAGAGGCCGGAAAAGUGAUGGAUGACCAGACAGUUCACUCCUCUGAACCAGUUAAUCAAUCAUUUGAUUACGAUAGCACAGAAACAGAUGAGUCUAAAGAUGAAUCAAAAGAAGAUGAUGCAAAAGCGUCAUUAACUGUUAAAACUGCACCUCGGUCUCCAGAUGGCCGGGCAAGUCGUUCCCAAACUGACUCUGGCUCUGGUCCUGCUGUGGCAGCCAGUAAAGAAAACCUCCCAGUGCUCAAUACCAGAAUAAUCUGCCCAGGUUUAAGAGCAGGACUAGCUGCCUCAAUUGCUGGGAGUUCUAUUAUCAACAAAAUGUUACUAGCAAAUAUUGAUCCUUUUGGUGCAACGCCAUUUAUUGACCCAGAUCCAGAUUCAGUAGAUGGAUAUUCAGAAAAAUGUGUCAUGAACAAUUACUUUGGGAUUGGAUUAGAUGCAAAAAUUUCAUUAGAAUUUAAUAAUAAGAGAGAGGAGCACCCUGAAAAAUGCAGGAGCCGAACUAAAAACUUGAUGUGGUAUGGAGUCCUUGGAACCCGGGAGUUAUUACAGAGAUCAUACAAGAAUUUGGAACAGAGAGUUCAACUUGAGUGUGAUGGGCAGUAUAUUCCUCUCCCCAGUCUGCAAGGGAUAGCAGUGUUGAACAUUCCCAGCUACGCCGGAGGCACUAACUUUUGGGGUGGAACUAAAGAAGAUGAUAUAUUUGCUGCACCGUCAUUUGAUGACAAGAUCCUGGAAGUCGUUGCAAUAUUUGAUAGCGUGCAAAUGGCAGUUUCAAGGGUCAUUAAACUGCAGCACCAUCGAAUAGCCCAGUGCCGCACAGUAAAAAUCACUAUAUUUGGUGAUGAGGGAGUCCCGGUGCAGGUGGAUGGCGAAGCAUGGGUUCAGCCUCCAGGGAUUAUCAAAAUUGUGCACAAAAACAGAGCUCAGAUGCUCACAAGGGACAGGGCCUUUGAAAGCACUCUGAAAUCUUGGGAAGAUAAGCAGAAGUGUGAUUCUGGUAAACCAGUUCUUCGAACGCAUUUGUACAUCCAGCAUGCGGUUGACCUGGCGACAGAAGAAGUGUCUCAGAUGCAGCUGUGCUCACAGGCCGCAGAGGAGCUCAUCACCAGGAUUUGUGACGCAGCCACCAUCCACUGUCUUUUGGAGCAAGAGCUGGCGCACGCAGUGAACGCAUGCUCCCACGCACUGAACAAAGCCAACCCACGCUUCCCAGAGAGUCUUACGAGAGACACUGCCACUGAAAUAGCCAUCAAUGUGAAGGCCCUAUAUAAUGAAACAGAGUCUUUACUAGUUGGCAGGGUUCCUUUGCAGUUGGAAUCUCCACAUGAAGAGCGGGUAUCCAAUGCCUUGCAUUCCGUGGAGGUGGAGCUACAGAAAUUAACAGAGAUCCCUUGGCUUUAUUAUAUCUUACACCCAAAUGAGGAUGAGGAGCCCCCCAUGGAUUGCACCAAGAGAAACAGCAGAAGCACAGUAUUUCGUAUUGUGCCCAAAUUCAAGAAGGAAAAGGUUCAGAAGCAGAAGACAAGUUCACAGGCUGUUCAGAAAUGGGGCACAGAGGAAGUUGCUGCUUGGCUGGAUCUGCUCAAUUUGGGAGAGUACAAAGAAAUCUUCAUCCGUCAUGACAUCAGAGGGGCUGAACUCUUGCAUCUGGAAAGGCGAGAUCUUAAGGACCUGGGGAUACCGAAAGUGGGUCAUAUGAAGCGAAUUCUCCAGGGAAUUAAAGAGCUUGGAAGGAGCACACCCCCAGUCUGAGGUGUAAUCAUAUUGGUGCUAUUCCUUGGAAGGAAAGUAAUUGCUACUUAAUACAAAGUCCUUGGGAGCCAUUGGCUGUUCUUGUAGUUUUCUGCCUAGAUAAGUAAGCACCACUGAGGCACCUCUACGGCUUGAUAUGGGUGAAAAUUUUGAUUUGAGGUAUUAGAAAAUAUUUUGUGCCAAAAAAAUACAUUCCACAAAGCCAUUUUCUUAUUGUGCAAACCUGACACAUUCAAAUAUGCUCAUAUUAGUAAAAAGGUGGGAGGAAUCUGAGACAAUUGCAUUGUCCAAAAGGUGGAAUUGCACAAUGUUUACUUUCCUUUAACCUGAUCAGAUGGAAUGUUCUUACCGUGCAACCACAUAACAAUAUGUAGCUGAAACUUCUUGGGUUUCAUUAUUGGAGGCAUUGGCUUCUUACUUAAAAUCACUGGCUAGAAGACUAAGAUGUCAAUUAAGUGUUGUUUUGAAUUGGUAUCACCUCAGAUUCCUAGCUCUCAGUGGUCAAAGAAUAUGGUUAAAACCCCUCAAAUACUAUGAAUGAAUGCAAAUCUUAAUGCACGAUGUUCCUGCCUGAAUUGUCUUUCUGUUUCUUGCAUGUCACAUUUAAUAUGUAACACUUAGCUUUAAUGUCAGUUUUAAUGGAAUUUAAUUUAUUACUACCUAAGUACCUUUUGGUUGGCUAAAGGCACUUUUCUGUUCUUUGAUGUGGAAUUUUGCAUAAAUAUUCUAUAUCUAAGAAUUUGUGAACAUGUGUCUGUGCCCUAAUCAACAAAUGAUAUAUAUCUUAUGCAAGCCAAUUUUAUACCAACCUAUCAUAAACAGUAGGUGUGCACAUUAAGAAAAUUCUCUGGAUAUUUUCAUAAAAUUAUAUGUUCUGUUGCCUAACAAAACUUAUUAUAGCUUUCCGUACCAAAAUUCCCACAUUCUGUUUUAAAUUUUUCAUUUCAAUUAAAUAAUUAUUUAAUACUCUGUUUGCAUCUAUAAUAUAGCAGACUGUUGACAUCCAGGAAUUUCCCCAACGUCUCAACUGGGAUUGGUAUACUGAUUGGUCACCCAGACUCACCCACUAGCUAAAGGGACUCCUGACACAAACUUCCCAACAAAAGAGAUUUAAAUUUUUUCUUAAGGGCUUUCCAUUAUUUAUUAUUAUCUCACUUAAUUCUUAUAUCCUAUCAGGUAGAUAUUAUUUUCCUUUUUGUAAACCACUAUACUUCAGUCUAGCGCAUGAGGAGUCAACAUUACAAUGAUCAAAAUCUUUGAAAGCCAAAGGCAUACAUAUCAAAAAGUCACAAAAAUGUCCUUAACUAAAUUUUCUUUAGACAUCAUAUACCAAAAAAUUAAUUCUAAUGUUUAAAAAUCUUCUAUAUAAGAGAAGUAAACAGGGUACUGACCUAGUGGUAACAAUUUUCAUAAAGUAGCCUUCUAGGUAGGUGCUCAAAAGAUAUACAUAUAUACACAUAUACAUUUAUAUGUACAUUCACACUUGUGUACAUGUAAUCUGAAAUAUACUCUCAUUGAUAUUUUCUAGACAUUUAUUUGCCAGAUGCUUAAAGAGAAAUAUCGAUGGGAAAACAUUUAAAAUGAGCUAUUGUCAGACAUAUAAUUUAAUUAUAUCAAAAGGGUUUAAAUAUUUGAUGCUUAUCCUUAUUUAUAACUUGAGUAUUUACUAGUAAAAAUCACAAAAUUUGGGCAUCUUAAAAAUAAAUGAAACUUGAUGGGUUCCUGACCAAGUGUGUCUGACUAUAUAUUUUACCUAAGUUGUGAAUAAAUGGAAAUUUUCCAAAGCGAAUUGUAUCAGGUAGCUUAAAAGAGCAAAGAGCUACUCACUUAAUUUUAAUGUUAUCUGCACCUAUGAAAUCAAAGGUCUUCCUUUCCAGUCCCUUUUAGAGUCCCUCACCGUGCAAAGUAUCCUGCUCUUUCAAGCACUUCCCUGUGAAAUCAAAAUAGGCAGACCAGGUUCUCAGAACUCUCUGCUGAGAUCACAGAUCCCUGUACACAAAAAGAAAAAAAAAGGUGGAGGCAAGGAGGCAAGAAAUCCUAGAAAAGAAUGAAUGAAUGCAAAAAUCGUUACCGAUUUUCACUCUCCCCAAAUUCUCCUUUGCCAACAGGAAAGAUUAUCUAGUUAUCACAUGUUCAAAAUUUAAGAGUAAGAUGUAAAUGAUUAGAUUUUGUAUUUGAUGUUGCUUUUUCACUCUUGAGUAACAUCCCUUAUAUAUGUUGAACCUCAGUUAACAGAAUCCUUAGCUAGAAUUUUCCAGCAAAUGGCUUUUGGAUGAGGGAAAUUCUUUAAAAUGACAAUUUUGAUCUUUGUGGUUAAAUAAGGGCAUUUUUCACUGUGUGCAUUGUCUGUGCAUGGCUAUGUAGGACCCAAAGGACAUCACUCACGCCUGUUUGCCAGGAUGGUGCCCUCAGAGCCUCCAGAGGCCACUGUCAGCCUCGCAGAGGAAUCAGCUUCUCAUGGUAGAUGGGGUUACAACAAAGAUAGGAAGAGCUUCUCCACGUGGCCUGAUCCCAGCUCUGGGGAGCGCAGGUGGGGCCUCUGUGCCUUGGUCCAUGCAUAAGCUGAGGUGAGAAGCUCAAGCCUGGGCCUGAUUGGCAGCUGUAAUUGCCAUCUUUCCUCCCCACCAGACUCUCCUGCAUGUAGAUAAUUUGGGAGGACUGGAGGGGAAUCACAGCUAACAUCCACUUCCUUUCAUUUUCCUUCACUGCUCGUUUUCCUGAGGAACAACUUACUUGUCAAGAAAGGGACAGGGUCAGGCCUAAAUAAAAUUUCAGAGUACUCAAUUUUUCUCUUCCAUCUGUCCCUCCACCUCACUUUCUGAGUUUCUUGCUUACUUCCUGGCUUCCCAUUUUUCCACGUGCCCAAUAGACAUGGUGGCUCAAAUUCUCACUGCCACGUACUACCCUUUCCUCAUCAACUGUCCCACUACAGACUGACUCCUUUUAUCUUGCCCCACCUUGGCACCCACUGUGGGUCAUCUAGCCAAGUGUUAGGAAGAAAACAAUUUAAAGGAACUGAUUUUACAGUUUGCGUUUUAUAAAAGGAAAUUUACUAAUCUAAAUGAAUUGAUGGAUUAGAUCAUUUGAGGACCAUCACAUAUAUUGCUCUGGCUGAGAAGAGGUGAUCCCUGAAUGUCUAAGAUCUGUGCCGUCCUACAUUGUAGCCACUAGUUCCAUGUGGCUGUUUAAAGUUAAUUUAAUUAGAAAUUUAGUUGCUCAGUUGCACUAGCAACAUUUCAAUCACUCAGUAACCAUAGCAGACAAUACAGAUGUUGAAUAGUUCCAUCACUGCAAAAAUUCUCCUGGACAGCACUGCUCUGCAUCAUUGCUACUCAAAAUGUGGUCCAUGGACCGGCAGCAUCCCUGGGAUGCUUAUAGAAAUGCAGAAUCUCAGUCCAUUCCAGCCCUGUUGAGUCAAAAUCUUCCUUUUAAUAAGAUUUGUUGGGUGAUUAGCCCUGGCCUAGAUGCGUUUUUCUCUCUCCUAGCUAGGAGGGAUCUGAGGUCUUCGAAGGUUCUCAGAGUAGCUUGCUGUCCAACCCACUGUUUCCUAUCUCUUCUCCAACUAGUCCCAGAAAUGAGCUGAAACUCAUUCAUCACCCAGCUGAGUUUUCUUCUCAAUCCUUAUUCCUAAUCCAGGUUCUAGAUGAGCCCUACCUACCCAGUAUAUAUUUUGGUUAUAUUUUGGUAGAUAAGGUGGCACACAGGAGACUAGCCAACACAACUGGCCUCUCUCCAGCUCCUCACCCCACGUCUAAGUCACUAACAAUCUGCAUUUGCUCAUGUGACAUUCUCAUUUGUUCACAACUUAAGUCACAGGGAACAUUUCAGAAGAAUAUGUACUGAGAUAAGUAAAGACCGGGUUGGUCUCCAACAACCUGUACUUUUCACUUUCGUUUAUCAGUAGAUUAUCCUAUUGACAUAGUUCACGCUUGAGGGCACAUAGCAGCAUACACACAUUAAAUGAAUCACUAGGCAUGCAAAAAAAAAAAAAAGAGAGAGAGACCCCAAAUGAUUACAAGUAAAGUGAAUGUGUCAUUAAGACCCUAAAAGAAGGCAUGUUUUGCUAGACUAAAAUCUGGCUUUCUUAUUAUGCUAACUUAUCCUGAUUUUCAGAGAGUUAAUAAUUCCUUAAAAUAGUGCCUGAAAAAUAGUAUAUUCUUGACCCUCAAAAUAUAAAUUAUUUAAUUCUAUAAUAAGAUCUGUCCCAGUGUGACAUAUGGUCAGUAAGCCUUUCCUUUUUUUUUUACAUAGUGAUAUAAUUGACCAAAACAUUAUUGCCUAGAGAUUCUUUAGCUAAUUUUAAUGAAUAAAGAGACCACUACUUUAAUCUCCAUAGAAGUUAUUUGUAACAGGAAUUGAGGAAGGAAAUACCCAUGCAAAACUAUGACUUAGAAAAUUAGAGUGGAAACAUCUCUACAUCAUUUCUAAAGUAAAUUACCUAUUAUCUCCCACUGGGUUGACAACAUAGUGGACUUUUCUGUUGUAUAGAUGUGAAUUCUUUAAAGAUACCGCUUUUCAUUAAGCUGUAAAAACAUUGCAUCUUUCAACCUUGACAUCUAGGCUCUCUCCUGCUCCCUCCUUCCAAAAUGAACUUAUCUUGCAUUUUUCAAAUGCAGGUUGGAUGAAACAAUGGGUUUAGAGAUUGACGAUAUAAGUGGCAGUUCUUUAAAUCAGCUGAAAAGAGUAAGAAGUGAAGAUUCCUCAAUAUUAUUGGUCAAUGGAAUAGCUUCCCAAGUGGUUUCCAGAGCUUGACUGCCAUGCCUCUGCUCUCACUGCCCCACGCCAAGUGCCAUGGGGCCUGGGGCUUGUUUCUCUCUGCUAUGGCAUCUCCCCAGUGACUCUUGUAUAGCAAUCUCUGUGUCAGUUGGGUAAUAUGUUGCCUUUGCAAUAGGAUGCCUUCUAAAGAAACAAGCAAAACUUUAAAGAGACAAUGAUUAUUGAUUUUUAUAAUACACAAAGCAUUAAUUUUGAUUGUUAUUAUUGUUUCCUCUUUAUUUCCUCCAAGUUUUGUUGAGAGACAUCUCUUUUAGAAUAAAAAACUGUAAAGGUUUAUCGUGACAGAGAAUGGAGAGAUAAAAGACAGCUGGACUGUACCUAUUUGUAUACUUCUUUCUGUUCUUUUCAGGAAAAGAAGUUUAACAGAGUAACUGAGGCUGCCUUAAACUCAGUAACGAUGUUUAAGAAAAACCCCAUAUUACUAAUAUAGAUGAACAGGUUAAUUCCCUUUAUGUAAUUAAGAUUCUAUUUACAUAUAUUUAUAUCCUCUCCCUCUUAAUUUUGUAUGCACUUCCAAGUUUUAGUUGGAAAAAUAGAAACCAAGCCACUACUUAAAAGUUCUAAAAACUCCACAUAAAAUAUUUCAUUUUAGCUACAAGUUAUUCAUUGUAUAGGAAUUUCUGAAUAGUCUGGAUAUUUCAUAGAACUGCAUUUCAGAAGCAAGUUAAUCAAACCUAAAGGAACAUAGGGUUACUUUCUAAAUGGAUUAACGUUAAGUUUCAUACUCAGUUGAUAAUGCCACUGAAGUAGGAUAAUGCAGUUAGAUAUACAAGCUAAAAAGGAAAACAAAUAUAUUUUGUUGUCCUUACUGUUUGCACUAUUGUUUGCCACUGCUUAGCCAUAUCUAUUUCUAUAUUCUAAGUAUUAAGCUGAUAUGUAGCUAAAGAUUUCUUACAGUUCUGGUAACUGGUAACUAGCGCUGUGAAAGGUUUUGGCGUUGUAACAUUCCCAGUUUUGUGAGUUAUAUAUUGUAUAUUGAAGAUGACUAAUAAAUUGGAGUAAUAUAUUUAUCUAGA